AGAGAGAGAGAGAGAGAGAGACUGAAUAAUAGGUCACCUUCCAAAAUAUACAAUCUGAUGUUAUGGGAGAGAAGAUCGAAAUUUUCGACUUCAUUUCUUUUUUCCCCUCUCUCUCUCUUUCCAUAAUCAAGUCUUUCAUUGGAUGAUGUGUGGUCAGCUGACCCAGUCAUCUCUGUCCAUCUUAGAAAGGAUGCUUUGAAAACACGUUGAGCUGCGCGCGUGCAGUCUUUUAUUGGUGUCUCGAAAUAAAUUAGACAUCAUACAGCAGUGGCAUUAAAGGAAAAAAAGAAACAAAGAAAGACUGCAAAAAAGAACGGAAGAAAGAAAGAAAGCGUGAGUGAGGGAGGGAAAGAAGGAGGGAGGGAGUAAAAUAGAGAAAGAGAGAGAUCAGAGAAAGUAAGAGAGGGAGGGAAAGAGAAGAAGAGAGGUUUGGAGUGAGAGAGUGAGAGAGGGAGAGUGAGAGUGGACGGUAUGAAUUCCUAUUUCACCAACUCGUCCCUCUCGUGCCACUUGACCGGAGCUCACGAGGUUUUGCCCAACGUGGCCCUGUCCAACUCGAGCACCUACGACCCAGUGGUCCGCCAUUUCCCGUCGUCCUAUGGCGCCGCUAACCGGAUGUACCGUGCGCCCUUUUACCCGCCGCAGGAAGACGUGAUGUUCGGCGCGAGCCGCGCGCCCUACGACUACGGGUCCAACGCGUUUUACUCGGAUAAAGACGCGAUUUCCGGUUGCAGACAAAGCUUUGCCCAGGACUUCACAACCUCGUCGUUAGAGCAAUGCAGAAGCGCGUGCCAGGAUCCAAAAAACACCAGCAUACAGAUUUAUCCCUGGAUGCAAAGGAUGAACUCGCACAGUGGUGUGGGUUAUGGCUCUGACAGGCGCAGAGGUCGUCAGAUUUAUUCUCGAUACCAAACACUGGAGCUGGAGAAAGAGUUUCACUACAACCGAUAUUUAACCAGGAGGAGAAGAAUCGAGAUCGCCAACACGCUGUGUCUGACCGAGCGACAGAUUAAAAUCUGGUUUCAGAACCGCAGGAUGAAAUGGAAGAAAGAGAACAAUCUGAGCUCCACUCUGAGCGAACAGGAAACACCGAAAGAGGAGACAGAAGAAUCCACUAAUGACACAAAGGAGUAGAGAUUUUUGUUUUGUUUUUUUGCAUCAGGCACGUUGUACAGUAUAAACAUGAAACUACCUAAAAUAAUUGUGCCAUAAUUGUGUGAUAUUUCAUACAUAUAUAUGUAUAUUGAAAAAUAUGGUUAAAAAAGACUACCUAUCAAUCAAACUACCUGAUGAAAUUUGCCUCACAAACUCUUAAGUGUUGUCAGUGUGGCUUUUCCAAGUAAAUCUAUACUCCAAGUAUUCAUCAUAUAGAAGAGUAGGAUUAUAUAAACACUGACAUUACACACCGAAUUUUGUUACGGAUUAAAUUCUGAGGGAAAACUGACAAAUUGUUAUAGUUCAUAAUUAUCUAUGCAUUUGCAUAUAUGGAAAGUAUGUUUAUAUGAAAUUACUUUGCCUUAGUUGCUGAACGCCAUGAGACAACAACAACAACAACAACAACAAUAAUAAUAAUAAUAAUAAUAAUAAUAAUAAUAAUAAUAAUAAUAAUAAUAAUGGACUAUAAUUGUGUGCCUCCUUCAUCCAUACAAGAAAUUGUUUGGUUAUAUAAAACUACCUACUGAACUGGUAUCAUUUUUAAAUAAACAUCAACAUGUAUCCUCAAACUGUGUCACUUACUGUAUGUACAUGUGUUUGAGAUUGCACCAGCAUUAACAAUAUUACAUUCAGAUUAUCAUCAUGAUAAACCCCUGAACACAUCACUUACUGCUGAAAUCUCAAAAAGUCAAAAACAUUAUUCAACUAUGUG